AUGGCGGGAAUUAUUGGCGGUAUGGAACCAUUUGAGGAAUCCGGUGAACAAUGGGCUGCGUAUAUUGAGCGUUUUGAGAAUUAUAUCCUGGCUAAUGAGAUCAGGGAUGCUAAGAAGGUGCCGGUUCUAUUGAGUGUGAUAGGGCCAAAGACCUACGGAUUGUUGCGCAGUCUGAUUGCUCCAGAUAAGCCUGGGGAGAAGACAUCCAAAGUAGAGGCUGAACUGACCCGCCUCACUGACCUUGGCGUGACCUCACCAGUGGAGCAUAGUGACUGGGCCACACCCGUAGUUCCUGUCAACAAGAAGGAUGGCACGGUGAGACUUUGUGGUGAUUUCAAAGUCACCCUCAACCAAGCACUCUGUGUGGACAAGUAUCCUAUUCCACGCAUUGAGGAUCUCUUUGCAUCGCUAGCUGGAGGUCAAUGCUUCAGUAAACUGGACUUGUCAAACGCAUACCUACAGAUGGAAGUAGUGGAGGAGUCGAGGAAGCUACUGACUAUUUCCACACAAAAAGGACUUUUCUGCUACAACCGCUUGCCCUUCGGUAUUGCGUCGGCACCAGCGUUGUUCCAGAAGGCUAUGGAUCAAGUGCUCGUUGGAUUGCCAUUCACGCACUGUUAUCUCGAUGACAUUCUGGUUAGUGGGCCAGAUGAACAGACCCACCUGAAAGCCCUGGACGACGUUCUCAUGAGACUGGAGGAGUAUGGUCUCCAUGUCAAAAAGGAUAAGUGCAUGUUUUUCCAGGAGUCAGUAGAGUAUCUAGGUCAUAUCAUCGAUGCUGCCGGGCUCCACAAGUCGCCAGAGAAGGAACGCGCUGUUGUGGAGGCACUGGCACCCACCGACGUUAGCCAACUACGCUCGCUCCUCGGAAUGAUAAACUACUAUGGACGUUUCAUCCCGGACCUGGCAACCAUCCUGCAACCACUGAACGCACUGCUGCACAAAGGGAAGAAAUGGCAGUGGACUACAGCUUGUGAGGCAGUGUUCCGAAAAGUGAAAGAGCUCAUGGUAUCUCAGAAGGUGCUAACCCACUACAACCCUGAGCUGCCCCUCCGUCUAGCCUGUGACGCUUCACCCUAUGGGGUAGGGGCUGUACUCUCUCACGUCAUGCCUGAUGGUGUAGAGAAACCUAUCGCUUAUGCGUCAAGAACACUCAGCAAAGCAGAGCAGAACUACACCCAUAUUGAGCGAGAGGCGCUGGGGAUAGUCUUUGGCAUACGUAAGUUUCACCAGUAUCUCUAUGGUAACAAGUUCACUCUACUCACAGACCAUCGCCCGCUGACCUCCAUUCUCAGUCCAGAACUGUCUGUUUUCCUGACUCGUCAAAAUGACCUCACAAUCCAACAGGGAUGCCUCAUGUGGGGCACACGAGUGGUAGUGCCACCCAAGCUACGGCCCCGGGUGCUCAACGAGCUACAUACAGCACACCCAGGGGUAGUGAGGAUGAAAAGCUUGGCACGGUCGUUUGUGUGGUGGCCAGGUAUUGACUCUCAGAUCGAGCUCCAGGCCAAAUCCUGCCACUCAUGCCAGCGUAGUCAGAAAGAACCGAGUCUUGCCCCUCUACAUCCAUGGAUGUGGCCUUCCAGUCCUUGGGAAAGGAUUCACAUGGACUUUGCUGGUCCAUUUGAAGGACACAUGUAUCUUGUGGUAGUAGACGCUCAUUCUAAAUUGCCCGAGAUGCAAAUCAUGGAUAGCACCACAGCAAGCAAGACCAUCACAGUACUGAGGGGCCUUUUCAGUCGCCACGGCCUUCCUCACAUUCUCGUAAGCGACAAUGGACCCCAGUUCUGUUCUGAGGAAUUCGCCACAUUCCUGAAAGCCAAUGGAGUCAAGCACAUUCGCUCAGCGCCGUAUCACCCUGCUACGAACGGCCUGGCCGAGCGC